AAGAGUUUUUUAUCUGUAAGAAAGAAGAUUAUUGCAAACAAUUGUUCUCACUGGGAGGUGAUGGAAAGUAGCAAAUUUAUUUGCCUUGAAAGCAUUAUUUUCAGAAAUGGUAGGCAAAGCAAAAGCAAGAUUGAUGUACAAGGAUAUUAAAUGGGAUGUUUCAGUCAAGUGGUAGUCAUCUCUGGAAAAGUGCCCAAUUACAAAAAUUGCCAAUCUCUUACAUUAACUCAGAGAACUUAUAACAAUGAGAAGCCCUAUGAAUGUAAGUAUGGGACAGUUUUCAAUUCUGACUCAAACUUUGAUGGAUAUAAAAGAAUACCUACUGAUGAGAAAACCUAUGACUGUAAUGAAUGUUGGAAAACCUUUGAGAUAGAUAACUCACAUACACAACUGAAUAUUUAUACUAGUGUGAAGCCUUACAAAUAUAUGGAAUAUGGGAAUACUUUUAAUUUACAUGAAAAAAUUAGUGUACUACAGAAAAUUUAUAAUUAUAAGUUCUAUAAGUGUAAGGAAUAUGGAAAGACCUUUGGAAGAGUUGGAGAAAUUACUCAAGGAAUUUAUAAUGGUGAAAAACACAUUUGUGAGUGCACAUUUUGUGGCAAGUCAUUUGGAGUGCAUACACAACUUACUCAGCAUCAGAAAAUUCAUACCAAUGAGAAACCUUACAAAUGUAUGGAAUGUGGUAAGGACUUUAGAUUUCAUUCAUGGCUUACUGAACAUCAGAGAAUUCAUACUGGUGAGAAGCCCUGCAAAUGUAUACACUGUGAAAAAAUGUUCAGAAUUAGUUCACAGCUCAUUGAACAUCAGAGGAUUCAUACUAGUGAGAAACCUUAUGCAUGUAAAGAAUGUGGGAAGGCUUUUGGAGUCUGUAAGGAACUUGCACAACAUCAGAAACCCUAUGAAUGUAAAUCACGUGGAAAGGACUUUAGAAAUAAUUCUUCCCUGACUAGACACCAGAGAAUUCAUACUGGCGAAAAACCCUAUAAAUGUAAAGAAUGUAAGAAAGCUUUUGGAGUAGGUAGUGAACUAGCUAGACAUCAGAGAAUUCACAGUGGUCAGAAACCGUAUGAAUGUAAGGAGUGUGGGAAGUUCUUUAGACUUACUUCAGCCCUUAUUCAGCGUCAGAGAAUUCAUAGUGGUGAAAAACCCUAUGAAUGUGAGGUUUGUGAGGCCUUUAGAUAUAGUUCAGCUCUUACUGAACAUCAGAGAAUUCAUACUGGAGAGAAACCUUAUGAAUGCAAGGCAUGUGGGAAGGCUUUUAGGUAUAGUUCAUCCUUUACAACGCAUCAGAGCAUUCAUACUGGCAAUAAACCCUCUGAGUGUAAGGAAUGUGAGAAUUCCUUUAGUGUACAUGGGCAUCUUACAUGA